GCCCUUACUUUAAAGUUCUUCUGGAAUUACUCGUACAGCACUGUUCUUUUUCCAUCUUCAUUUCCCCAUUCUAUUUCCCUGGCAAUUACGCAAAAAGGAUUUGGAACUUCACCAAUCCUUUUCUAUUUCAUACUUUUCACUCGCUUUUUUCGUUUAUAUUACUAGACUUGAGUUGGUAUUUAAUCUAAGGUGGUUAGUUCUACUUGUCGCUCUUUCGCAGAUGCGACGUACUUCUGUGUCUCUCCCAUCGAAGAGUACAUCACACGAUCCUCACGAGAAACUUGCAAGAUAUAACAAAUCGGGCGCAAACGAAAGCGCCGCUUCCAAGCUGGAGAAAUCAAAGAACGCCAUGAUGACCCAAAGCCAGCGGUCAAGGUACAUGAAGACAGGAGGAAUCCUGCUCUUCGUCGUGUUCUUAUUCUACUACCUGUCCCCAAGUGGAACCCAGGUAUCAAACACUGGUAUGCCAUCUGGAUACAUUUAAUAUCACUCUCUAACAUAUAAUAGUUGGAAAUACCGCCGAUGCAGUUAAAGGUGGAAAUAAUGGGCAAUCACCAUCCGACUCGACAUAUGGGACAACGAAGUGCUCGAAAUCCUUUAGCAAGUCGAAGCCGAUUGUUCAAUAUGCUAUCAUGAUUGAUGCUGGCAGUACCGGAUCUAGAGUUCACGUAUAUAAAUUUAAUAAUUGCGGCCCCACGCCAGAGUUGGAGCAUGAGGAAUUCAAAAUGACUGAAAAGAAAGAGGGUGGUUCUGGAUUGAGCUCUUAUGGAGCUGAUGCCGAAGGAGCUGCAAAGAGUCUCGACAUGCUUAUGGAUGUUGCAGUGAAAACUGUUCCCGACGCACUCAAAUCUUGCACCCCUGUAGCUGUCAAGGCUACUGCUGGUCUACGAAAACUUGGUCCGGAAUUGAGCGCCAAUAUUCUAAAGGCUGUUCGUACCAGAUUGGAAACUGUCUAUCCCUUCGCAGUUGUAUCUGAUGAGAAGGGCGGAGUCCAGGUUAUGGACGGUACUGAUGAAGGUGUUUACGCUUGGAUCACUACCAACUUUUUACUCGGCAACAUUGGAGGUCCCGCUCCCGGAGAUACUGCAGCAGUUUUCGAUCUUGGUGGAGGAUCAACCCAAGUUGUUUUCGAACCCAAAUUCAAAUUACCGGAGAAGAUGGCUGAAGGUGACCACAAAUAUAAGCUUACUUUUGGCGGAAGAGAUUUCGAGCUUUACCAACAUUCUCACUUGGGAUAUGGUCUCAUGGCAGCCCGUGAAACGAUCCACAAGACUCUCAUUGAUGACAUUCAUGCAGCUAAUCCUUUGGAUCUCUCCUGGACCGCAUCACCAAUCAUCAAUCCUUGUAUUGCACCAGGCAUGAAUCGAUCCAUCGAUAUUGCAUUUGAUGAGAAGCAUCCUCUUCGUGCUAAGUUGGGAGAGAAGAAUGAAUUCGUCAUGAAGGGUCCUUCUUCACCAUCUCCAGCUCAAUGCCGCAAACUAGCAGAGAAGAUGUUGUUCAAGGAAGCCGAAUGUAAAGUUGCACCUUGCUCUUUCAAUGGUGUUCAUCAACCUUCUUUAGAAAAGACCUUCCAGCAUGAGGAUGUCUACACUUUCUCAUACUUCUUUGACCGUACCGACCCUCUUGGCAUGCCAGAAUCCUUUACUCUACGGGAAUUGCAUGAUCUUACAAGCCAGGUUUGUGGUGGCGAGUCUCAUUGGGAUAUGUUUAGAGGUGUUCCUGAUGCCCUCAAGGAAUUGAGGGAUAGACCCGAAUGGUGCCUUGAUCUGAAUUUCAUGAUGGCUUUGUUGCACACGGGUUACGAAAUGCCAAUUGAUAGAGAGGUUAAGAUUGCAAAGAAGCUCAAGGGUAAUGAGCUUGGAUGGUGUCUUGGUGCUAGGUAUGUUUCAUUCCCCUCUUAUUAAAUACUCUAUCUAACAACGAACAGUCUCCCAUUGCUUGAGGCUGGCUCCGGAUGGAAAUGCCGUGUCAAGGAAAUCUCAUAGAUGGUCAUGUAAUGAGCCUCUAGAUAUGUAUGAUUCAUGGAUGAUUGGCGUAAUGAAGGGAUUGAUUCCGAAAGAUCAUUUAAGACUUAGAGGCAUCACAGCUGUGUUUAUACAACGGCUUUGAUCGAGUAAAUAAUUCAUGACAUUUUAUUCUUUUCCCUGCCCAUUAUGAAAUAGAUUACUCUCUGGGUAUUCUGCGUUGCAUUUUAC